GCGAUAAAAUAUAACUUUUGUUAAAUUACAAAUAAUAAAAAUAAUUGUUAAAGUUGUGUGACAUGUUUUCGCCGGAUAUAUUUACAACGACCAAAUCGGUAAAUAUGUAUAUGGAGCCGACAAAAGUCGAUAGUUCAGUGAGUUAUUCAUGUGGAUCAAAUCAUAUUUUGAAUAUGAAUUCAUCGGCUGUAUUAACGCCAACGUCACCACAAACAUUUUAUUUACCAUCAAAAUCGUUUGAAAACACCGACUAUCAAUUGCAUUCGGAUGGUUUGAAUAGUACUGUUGCGACGUCGCAUCAAUCCACCUUCAACAAUGAUUGUUUCAAUUGGUUCGACAUGGGUUCAGUGGUCGAGACUCCUAAUUCUGUACAAUCGGCCAUUCCAACGGCAUCCACAGCCAAAGCUAUCAAAGAGGAGAUUUUCAAUUUUGAACCGGAGUACAUUGAGUUCUUUCAACGAUACUGUGACAAUCCAGGUAAACAAACAACUGAAUUUGAACAACCCGACAAUGACUAUAUGAAUUUUAAUGAGAGCAAUUGUCAAUCGAAAUCGAUGUGUGCAUCGCCAAAUCUUGAAUCAUGGUUAAAUACCGGUGAUUCAAUAUCACCAAAACCAUCGAAUGGCCUACCACCGAUAUCCACCAUUUCCGAACAAUUUCAAACCAACUAUUUGGAUCGAGACGAUUUCGAUUUAAUCGAAAACGAUUCGGGUGUCAUUCAAAAUGACAUUGAUUUACAAUCGAUGAAUAAUUUCAAUUUCAAUCAAAUCGCCGAAGAUAAAUCGAAUCACGAUGGAAAAAAUAUUUGGGAAAUGCUAAAUUUUGAAACAAGCCAACCAGAAUCACCCACCGAUAAUAUUUUCGUUGAUGAAAUAUUGGAUUGCAAAAAUGAAAUUGUUACGACAUUCGAAACGGACAAACUUUCAAAUAUUACCGCUGAUAAAUCAGACGCCAAAGAAUGGAUAUGCAAAUGGGAAAAAUGCUUUAAGAUUUAUGCGAAUCAAAGUGAAUUGGUGAAACACAUCGAAAAAACGCACAUCGAGGUGAAGAAGGGAGACACAUUUUCGUGCUACUGGUUAGACUGUGCCCGUCAAUACAAACCAUUCAAUGCUCGAUACAAACUAUUGAUUCAUAUGCGAGUUCACAGCGGUGAGAAGCCAAAUAAGUGUCAGUUUGAGGGCUGUGAUAAAUCUUUCUCGCGACUGGAAAAUUUGAAAAUUCAUCAGCGAUCACACACUGGCGAACGCCCUUACGGAUGUCAAUGGAAUGGUUGUUCAAAAGUGUUUAGCAACAGUAGUGAUCGAGCCAAACACCAACGAACACACUUUGAUGCGAAACCAUAUGGUUGUCAAUUGCCAGGAUGUACAAAACGUUAUACGGAUCCUUCGUCUCUAAGGAAGCACGUGAAAAAUCAUGCGAUCAAAAGUCAACAGAAUUCAAAGCGAAAAUUUACCAAAGAAUCGGAAAUUGUGCAAAAACGAUUAAUCACAAGAGAACAACGAUUGAAUGAUCGUUUUACAAGUGUCAGCGCCACCGCCGCACCGGUCAAUGAUGAAAAUGAAGUUAACAUAAAAGAUGAGAUUGAUUUUCAAUCAAAUUCGUUCAACUUUAACGAUUCAUGUGAGAACAAUGAAUUGGAAGAAAGUUGCACGAAUUCAAUUGAUCUGAUGGACAUUUCAAAGUGCAUCAUUGGAAUCGAGGAGGAGAAAAAUGAAUACAAUCAUUACGAACAGAUGAAUAAUCGAACUGAGAAUUCCGCUUCGGCUGAGUUUAAUAACAUUGAAGCCAUAAAACAGUACUUAAUUGAACAACCAAAUGAAUACAUCGAUCUCAACUCAUUGCAAUCCGUUAAACAAGACUAUUUCAAUAACUUUUAAGAGUUUUUUUUACUUGUUCAUCUUCUUAUUCUUCAUAAUCGUUUUUCUUUAAUAUUCGUUAAGUUAGUUCUCGUUUUAUUAGCUUUUAAUU